CACCAAAUAUUAAAAAUGCAGUAUCCAUUUUACAGUGGAAACACUUUGGGUGCUAUGCACAUACACUAAAUCUUAUUGUGCAGAAUGCACUAAAACAUUUUGUGUCAAUUCAGCAGAAAGUCAAAACUAUUGUAGCAUUCUUCAAGAGAAGCUGCAAGGCAACAGAAAGACCGCUGACAUACCAACAAAAUAAUGGGGCAGGUCAUGUUAAAAAACUGGUGCAGGAGGUGCCAACAAGGUGGAACUCUACUCUGUGUAUGUUGGAGCGAAUAGUUGAAAUUAAAGAUGCAGUGAAGACUUCACUUGUACUAUUCACAGUUGAUUUUGAACAACUGACAGACGAGGAAUGGAACAUCUGCUCAGAACUCUUCUCUGUGUUGAAGCCAUUUGCACAGGUUUCAACACAGCUUAGUGCUGAGUCAUAUCCUACUGGCAGCCAAGUUAUUGUUCUGACAAGGGGAUUAUUAUCAGUGUGUGCAGAACUUUUGAAAAGGCCAUUUAACAGUGUGACAAGGACUGUCAUUGAAGAAUUAACAAAAGGCCUGAAGGACCGUUUCCACAAUGUAGAGAUGAGCAAGUCUAUAGGAGUAGCCACUCUACUAGAUCCACGCUUUAAAUCUCUUGUGUUUGAAAGCCGAUUUGCAGCAGAUAAUGCAAAGAAACAGCUUAUUGAACUAGUAACACAAAAGAUGGGUGACAGAAGAGUGACAAACACAGGCCAGAGCCAUGAAACUGUGUCAACUUCAACCACCACUGAUCCCUUGUCAGUAUGGGGUGUCUAUGGUGCAAUUGUAAAAUCAACACAGCCCCAGGGCACUCCUCAGUCAGCUGCUAUUGUGGAAGUACAAAGGUACAUGGACAGCCCAGUUAUUAGUGGAAGUGAGGAUCCACUGGCAUGGUGGCGUGAAAAUCAAUAUAUUUUCCCAAAUAUUUCUAAAGUGGUGAGGGAAAAUUUCAAUAUAGUGUCCACUUCUGUGCCAUGUGAAAGAAUAUUUUCUAAAACUGGUAUCAUUAUAAAUGAAAGGCGAACACGGCUGAAGGCGUCCAAAGUUGAAAAACUUAUAUUUCUAAAUAUGAACAGUACUAACUCCUGAAUUUCCUGUUACAGGUGGAUUCGAGAGGCACACCAACACCAGCAGAUGAGUCUCCGUUUAAUACUUGGGAUAUUAUAACAGUAAGUUAUAGCUCCAGAAGUCAGUCACCAGCAGCAGAUGUCACACAGUUAUAAAAUGGGAAACUUGAAUAAUAAG